CACAUCAAGUUGGCUAAAAUUACAAACACCACUCCACCAGCCGAGAGUCCCUCUUCGCUACUUCAGUCGUCAAUCUCUCUGGCCCCACGUGGUCCUACAGUCCGCUCCGAUGCUCGAGUCAAUCCUGUCGGUCUGGCCGGAUGUCCUGUACUGCUGCCUCGUCUUACUGGAGCUCCGGGUUCUCCUAGUGCCUCAGCGUCUGGCCGACCGGCCGGACUGCAUUUGGCCGGUGGCAUAAUUUCACGUCCUCGGGCCGGGUAUCCCGGCCGACAGACAGCCGGUCCGGGCGCCUGGGCCGCGAGUCGUCGACAGCCGAUCACUGGUCCAAUCGGUUGUCGGUCGACGGGCAGAUUUGCCCAGCCUCUUGGACUAAUGGGACCUCUAUUCUCCACCGGCCCACUUGUGAGCCAAUGUGGCCUGCCCGGCCUGGCCGCUUACCGGACGUCCGUCUGUUCAGGUCGUGGACGAACAUCGGCUGGGUUGCCUGCCUGUUUUUUAGCGUCAGACAUGGCAGGAGCACCGGUUCGAUUUGGCCUGCCAGGAGCAAGAAGUGCCCCAUUUUUGUCGGAAACGGCCCCGUUGCUUGGCCAAGGCAACGUCAUUCAGACACCCAAUUGUACCACCCGCAUGACAACUGUGGUCGGCCUCGGUACUGGAGAAAUGGGCUCCUUAACAGACGGUCCAGCAAUCCGAUUGCAUGGACAAGCUCUGCCCUGUUUAGUGAUGGAUGGCAGUGGACAAAGGCCUCGUUAUAGAGGCCCCGUGGUAAGCUGGCUGACUGUUUAA